AUGUCCGAGGUAAUCAUCUUCUACGAUAUCCCGUCCCGAGAUGUCAAGGACGUCGCCUGGUCGCCCAACACCUGGAAGACGAGAUUUUCCCUGAACUAUAAGGGCUUGCCUUACAGGACGGUAUGGGUCGAAUAUCCAGACAUCGCCCGAGUCUGUCGAGAGAUCGGUGCAGAGCCGACCAGCACUUCGGAGGAUGGCUCCCCCUACUAUACCCUCCCCGCGAUCUACGACCCAUCCACGAAGACGGCCAUAUCUGAAUCCGGGAAGAUAGCACGUUACCUCGACAAGGCAUAUCCAGACACUCCCGUGCUUAUCCCCUCCGGAACCUGCGCACUCCACGCUGCAUUCCAAGAGGUAUUCCUAAUGACGGUUCAGCGCCGGAUGCAACCACUCAUGUUGCCUCCGACGAACAACAUCCUCAAUCCGCCGAGUGAAGCCUAUUUCAGGAGGACGAGAGAGAGCAAGUUUGGGAAGCUGGAGGAUUGGUCACCCCCUGGGCCUAUUCGUGAGAAGCAUCAGGAGGAUCUGCGGGUCGAGCUCACCAAAGUCGCUGUAUGGAUGGCGUCAGACGGUGAAGGGAAACCGUUCUUCAUGGGUGAUACCAUUCACUACGCCGAUAUCACCAUUGCGGGCUGGUUGGUAUGGAUGAAGAAGGUUUUGGGUCCCGAGUCGCAGGAAUGGACGAGACUCAAGACUUGGGAUGACGGGAAGUGGGGCACUUUCAUGCAGGCGUUCGAAAAGUAUGAAAUUGUAGGAUAA